UGUAUUUUAUGCAAUGGUGCGAUAGAUCUAUGCCAGUUGUAUGUUUACGAUAUUUAUAUUUUGUUAUAUAAAAUAACUGUCGCAUAACAUUCAGGAAGUUUGAAAGGAUAACAAGGUGAUUCAAUAUGUUAGCUUUAGACAAUAGAUCUCCACCGGACACUGAUGAACCGCCCACCGACACGAACCCAUAUCAUGCUUUAGACAAUAAAUCUCCAUCGGACACUGAUGAACCGCCCACCGACACGAACCCAUACCAUGCCGGCUAUGAUCAGCAGGGAGCCAUGUUUAUACAGCAACCAACACCGGGACCAUAUAUGCACUCCUACGCUGUCGUAACGGACCAGCCCCUGCCAACUCUUCAUUUUGGUCGCGCUAGGAAAAGAGACCUUACCGUACCAGCCAUUCUCGUUUGCUUGUUUUGUUGCUGGUGUACAGGGAUUCCCGCCAUCUUUUAUGCGUCGAAAGCACAAAAUGAGUACGAUGUUGGACAUUGGGUAGAAGCGGAGGCGUACCAGCGGGAAGCUGUACGCUGGAUUAUCAGCAGCUUUGUUAUUCAGUUCGUUAUCUGGUUAAGCAUUUCGAUUCUGUACUUAGCACUGUUGUCUCAGUAAUGUUUUCCAGACAACAUUUGAUGUAAAUUGUGACAACAAAAAUACCUUUAAAUCAAUUAAGUAUAUAAUAAAUGACUAUCGCUUAACCUAUCACUACUCCUGAAUAAAAAGUGACCCUGCUGUAUCACACAGCAGGAAAUUCGAGUUGAAUUCGUAAGUCAACAACAAUAUUAGCAUAGAAUGGAAGGACUUCGGACACUAUUAUAUGCUUUUAGCCUUCAUUUUGAAUGCAAAAUUCUCAUUAAGCAUUUAAGUUUCGAGUCAAUGAUAAACCAAUGUGUUGGUUAACUUAUUACAACAGAAACUGGUUUGUAUCUGUUCCUAUCAUGAUGGUUUUCUUAUUUUAUGUAGACCAGGGUAUAUUUUCUUGAAAAAAAUAAAAUGUUUAAUUUCCGUAAAAAUAUAAUGUCAUCACUUUACGGAAGUUUUAAAUAUAUGAAUUCCAGUCGAAAAAAAAGUGACAAAAUCUGUUUCUUUUAAGGAAAAGAUAACAUUUUAAGAUUAAAACCCUAUAAAUAAAUAAAAAAGAAAACGAUAUUUUUGCAAACAACCUGUACUUGAUAUAUCUAUACACUGUUCGUAAUGUAAAGUUAUUGAUGUAUGAAUAGGUAUACAUGUAUAAGUGACCGGUCAGUUUUAUUACAGUGGUUCAGGUACAUGUAGUUAUUAAAGUACAUGCAAAUGUCUGUAUAGCUCUGUUCAGUCCAUGGACUAUGCCGAGAGAAAGCAAAAAUACUACAAAAUGUCUUUCCUUCUCGCACAAAGGUGUUAAUUAGGUUCUUACUGAGGGCAUAUGAUUGCUAGCAAUUAGCUUGAUUAUAAAGUCAGCACCACUGCAACUAUACUAAUUAAUCUUACCUUAUGUUAUCACGGGGGCCGCCGUGGCUGAGUGGUUAAGGUCGCUGACCUCAAAUCACUUGCCCCUCAUCGAUGUGGGUUCGAGCCUCACUCGGGGUGUUGAAUUCUUCAUGUGAGGAAGCCAUCCAGCUGGCUUACGGAAGGUCGGUGGUUCUACCCAGGUGCCCGCUCGUGAUGAAAUAAUGCACGGAGGGGCACCUGGGGUCUUCCUCCACCAUCAAAGCUGGAAAGUCGCCGUAUGACCUAAAAUGUGUAAUAGGUCAGGAAUGUAACUUAAGACACACGGAGUUUUAAGGACCUUUCUUAAAGCUGUGUAGUACAUUAUUUAAAAUGCACACUCUGUAUUGAGUUUGUAAAUAUCCGUCCUAAAGUACAUCAUAAAGUAUAUCAUUUUAAAACCUUUAACUGGAGAAUAAUUAGAAUAUAUUGUAUUUCUCUUCACCAAACUUACACAGCUGUUUUCAGGAUGUAGCAAACCAAAAUAUCAUGUUAAAAGAUCUGUUUACUUAAGUAUUUUGUGUAAAUCAUAUGUAAAGACAUAUAAACAACAUUUACCCUGCUUUCUUUAACUGAUAUCAUUACAUUCUUUCAUCAAAUAUAUAGACCUUUUUACAAAAGCUUGGUUGCUAAGCGGAUGUUUUGAUUUUAACGUGCAUGCGCUCUUUGCGUGUGGCAAAAGAACCCUCAACGAUAAGAAAACCUACAUAAAAAUAUCAUACCAUUACGAAUUAUUUUGCCACUAUAAAGAUGAUUUCAGUCAAGUAAUUUAUUAUACAGUAUAUUUUGGUUAAAUACAUGUAUAUUUUUUAAUUAAAUCUUACCUGAAAAGCAUGCUUUAUUCUUAUUUUCGUCAGAAAAGAACAAGCAUUUCCAGUCCAUUUCCACACAUCAUACAGAUAUAAAAGUUUUUUACUUGCAUUUAAAAAUGUCAUACUUUUUUUUAAGUAUAUCUAUUUUUUCCCACGACUUCAUAUAGUGGUUGGAUAUACUUUAUUCCGACUUGAAUGACAUCUUCAUACUUGGGGGUCGCGGCUCCAUGUCACUGAAGUUGCUGUUCAUGUGAGAUACUUUAAUGCAUCCGAUCAACAAUGCCAUAAUAUAAGAACGCACUCGGAUUAACAUAUCAUGUAGCGGAGCUGGGUUGUUGUUGUUGUUUUUUUUUUUUUUUUUUUUUUUUUUUGUUUAUUUGAAUCAAAAAUAAACAUUUCUAGCAUUUUAAAAUCUAUACUUUGGAACUUUAAUGGACAUUUCCUUUUAAAACGAUGAAAGCGUAGUUACAAAAAAAUAUAAUUUGUAAGAUAUGAAUCAAAUCAAGGACUAUAAAAACAUACUGAUACAAAUCUCUUUUUUUCUAUUUCUUAUAUUUACAUGCUGGACCAUUUUCAUAUCGAAAACGUAUCGUGCGCAGGAGUCAUAAUCCGUAAUUUAGUAGAAUAAUUAUGAAUAAACUUGAAUUCCACAAAGAGUAGAACAGAAAAAAAUCGAUGUAAGACUAAGCGCUAAACACCCCUCCCCGCUACACGCCCCCUCUCUAUUAAAUCUGGCCGCAUCAUUAAACAUCCGAACCACUUGAUAUUUUCAAAUAAAAAAAAACUUUCAAAUUCGAAGAAUUAAUAGAAAUAAAAAAUAACAAUUUUAAGAUGAUUUGAAUUAUUUUUUUUUUAAUACGGAAUGAAUUGAUAACCAUUUGAGUAUAACUAGAUACAUAAUCACAGGCUGAACUUUUUUAAUUGACAAUUUUAUUUUCAACUUCGACAUGUAAUCAUAUUUCAAGUAUCAUGUAAGCUAAUUGCGACUGGUGGUAAGUUAAGAACAAAAACUUUAUUAUAACUAUAUUGACAAUAUUUUUUUUUUCUUUUUUCUUAACCUAAAUUUGUCCAGAUCAAAAUUGCUGUAAAAAAUAGUGUAUUAAUUAGUUUAAGUAUAUCAGCUGUGGGUUUAUAAAGAUCAAUAUAUAUAUAUUCCUUUGUCUUGCGGUGGAUAUUUACUAUAAAACAAACUCAUUAUUGAUCGAAUAGAUUGAAAUACAAUAUAAUUCUAACGUAAUUUAUAUUGUGCAGUCAUGUCUUUUUGCCCUACGUAGAGUGCGCAUACGCGAAAAUUGUUUCCCGUUGCUAAGCAAAUAACUCUGUGUAAAAAGGUCUAUAUAUGAAUGACGAAAUAACUUAACAAUUAUUUAAGCGCUUUAAAUUUGAAUUCACUAUUGUAUUCUGUUAGUGCGUGUGUGUAUCAGCAUGGAGGUAAUAUAGAGAUGGAGUGCGGACGAAAGCACUUCAAAGGUACACUGUGUGGCACCGCGGCUUUGUUAUCCUCUGGUAAGUACAUGUCAAUCUUUAGCAAUUAGGUGUUAAUCACAUCAUGUUGCUUCAUACGGAAUUUAUCGAGUGAGACCCGAUAAACAGCCGGAAUAGUCCGAUACUGGGUUCGGGAUGUUCCGAUAUUUUCCGUUUAGUACCUACCUGACACUUCAAAUACACAUUCUGACGUCGUUCUGUAAAUGCUGUCCCCUUUGCAAUUAAUCUUGACGAAAUACACGCAUUUUACAUGUCAUCCACGUUUGAUUUACAUUGAAAAAGACUUAUUUUAUUUUGUUUUAUUAUAUUAUAUUAUGUUACUUAUUACGAAAAUUAAGGUUUUGAAGGGAUUUUCUUUUCCAAUGAAUUAAUUAAAAAAAAACAGGGACGUAGAGUGAUUCUGACAAUUACUUGCCAUAUUGUCCAUGUGAACAGCCAAACGAUCGGGAAAUGUUUAAUAUUGCGAACAUGUAAAAUGCGAAUUUGAAUUGUGGCACUAUUCAUGUGCCAAUCUGACAGCUGAAACUAUACCGGAGGGUCCCUGGAUAUGUCCAGAAUGUAAAGACAAAAGGUAUGAAUACGAAAUUUCACUUUAUUAUAAAUGAGGUUAAAAAAGCAUGUGCAUCUUUACAGGCACAGACCUCCAGAUCGUGCCACAAAAAAAGAGAGAAAAAUGUUCCAGUUUAACAGUGAGAUUUCACACCAGCUUCAAAUCUGCGAAAUAAAUUAAUCAAAUAAAUAAAUAGAUAGAUAGAUAAAUAUACAAAGAAGGGGUUUGGUAACUGAAUAACUACUUAAAUAAAUAAAAUUUAAUAUAGUUAUAUGAACGACUUCUAUAAACUUGUAAUAAAGACUAAUUACGUAAAAUUUGCAGUCUAAAAACAUUGUCAUUAUUUAAAAUGCUCACAAUUGCUCACGUUUUUAAUACCAAGUAAAUGAAAAUUUGAUACAUUGACUUCAGUUUAACAUGUUUAAAUUUUUUAGGAAUUUUUAGGAAAUUUAGAAGAAUUUAGUUUAAAAUGACUACAUAGAAAACUGUAAGUACUUACUUUACUGAGUCACAGCUGUCUAAAGGGUUAUAAUAUCAUGAAAACGCAUGCUUUAAGUAGUGGUAAAUUUUUUCUACCGAUGAAUCCCCUGCAGUGCGCAUUGUUUGCAUUAAUUAGUUUCAAACUAUGACACGUGCGCAUAUGUCACCCACAACUUCCGUUUUGUUGAAAUUUUGAUGCAUCUGCUGAUUUAUGAUAAAACCGCGGUGCCGCACAGUGUGUUCAAAGGAUUAUGUUAAUUACAUGUGAAAUAGUGAUAAUUAGGUGUCUGCGGUGAUAUCUCUCGUAGGAUUCUGAAAGGAGCUCAGCAAGGAACUACAUGUGGUAUAAUAAAUAAUUAGCACCAGUUACCUCGUCCGCACUCCAUCUCUAUAUUACCUCCAUGGUAUCAGUGAAAUAAUGUUUUCAGUUAACAAAAAGGGGAGCGGUGGUCUAGUAGAUAAAUUGUUGGUCGCUCAAUGCAGGAGUCGUGGGUUCGAGCCCCACUGGGGUCACGACCAUGAUUUCUCAUAUGACACUAGUACUUGUUUUUGCAGGAAGCGGACUCGAGAAUGGUUCCAGUAAGCUUCAAGCUUUCAUCACGAUCGAGCUAAAACAAAUUAGUAUAAACUAAAUGAUGUUGAAUAUUUAUGAAAGGUGACAUAUAGGUCCGGGUGUUUAAAAUUUGUUAUAUUUUAUAUGUAUAUAUCAACGCCAUACACAUGUUUUACUUUCAGCAAUUGAAAUGGAAUUCUUAUCAGAAAUUCUUAUCAUUUUUCAUUUUAAAAAAUGUGUCUCCAUAUAUCAACUAUACAUGUAUUUCAUGCUUAAGAAUAAGUCUUUUCUUUAUCUAUGCAUUAACCAAUUGUUUUAUAGUAAAUCAUUUCUAUUGUAGAUAAAACUUUAUUUCAAUUUAUUACUCAUUGUUAAUAAUAUUUUUAUUAUCAUACUAAAAUGGAAAAUAAAACUGUUUUUAAAAAGAAAAA